ACUGAAACCACUACACUAGUCCAGAGUUCCAGAUAAGUGAAGCCCCGGCCCCGCUAGUAUAUAAAGAUGACCAGAUCGAUGAUGCUUAUCACUUCACUCAGUCGCAAGAUCUUGGCUCGUCAUACAAACUUCAAGUUCAUUUCCAGCAAACCAUAAGCCCUGACCAGAAACUCGUUGGGCGCAGCUAGCCUUGAGCCCUUGAUAACUUCACUGCUGCAUCGACCGAAAGAAAGCUCUCGAUCGUCAUAAACCUUGUGUAGUCCGGAGAUCUAGCUAGCUAGCAGAUGGGUUCUUUGAUGGCCGGCUGGGAUUCGCCGGUUCUUGGCGACGACAGCAAAGCUCGUGUGAUGAGGAACCGGUCUCUCACAAAGGAAGAGGUGGAGGCGUUCCGGAGGCAGCGUGCGAAGCCGCCGGCCAAAGACGAUGGCGGCGGCGAUGUUGUUGUCACCUCGCCGCUUGCUUCCCCAGGUCGACCAUUGGAGAAGAGCGUCCCGUCCGGGGGUUCGCAGAUGAGGGAUGCGGCUGACGGCGCCAACGGGGAGAGCCCCAGCAAGAGCAGGGACUGGUGGACGAGGAGCAACUGGGCGUUCCUGAACGAGCCGCCGCAGGAGGAGGCCCCCGGCAAGGCGCACAGCUACACGCCGCAGUUCCACGUCGCCACCGGCCACGCAUGAUCGCCGUUGAGAUCGAAGAAAGUGCUUUUAUAGUGUCCGAAGCUGUCGUAUCGCAGUCUGGUUCUGCUGUCAUCAGUUUACGUAUUUUCAGAUAGCAUGUUACUGUAUGUACAGUACGAGGAAGGAAUUGUUUUGCGCUUCAGUGGAUCACAGUCCACGCGGGUGGGUCGUGAUCUUAGCUCGUUGUAUUAUGUGCCGUUUGUGUAAAAUUUUCAGAUAGGGAGUGUUCAGAUAUGUAUGAGGAAGAAAUAGUCUGGCGGAUUGUCUCGCAAAAGAAAAAUACUACUGUCCUCCUUUAGUCAAAACAAAAACAAGAAGAAAUCUUUCUCCGUUCAA